AUGGGUUCAACGAUUAAUUUUCUCGAUCUGGAUAUUACAAUUAAUGAUAAUCAACUGCAUACAAAAGUGUACCAUAAGCCGUCUUAUGAUUUGUAUUUCUUACCUUAUAAUAGUGUACACCCAUUGCACAUGAAGAAAAAUGUUCCAUAUGCCAUAUUGUAUCGAACCAUUAAAUACUGCUCAACUUUCGAUGCAUUCAUAACUGAACGUGAAUAUAUACGAACUGCUCUUCUUCUUAAUAAAUAUCCAGCACAUUUCAUCGAUACAGAAUUUGCUCGAUUACUUAAGAAAUUCAAUGUGCAACAUCCUCUUACUCGGUAUAAUUAUAAUGAAAUGCGACAAUAUAUUAUUGAUUCACCAGUAAAAGAGAAAAUAACAUUCGACUAUGGAAAAACAAUGUUCGUCCACUUCACAUAUUGUGAGAAUAUGAAAACAUUUCCAGGAAAAUUUCAUAAUAUAUGGAAUAAGUACUUUGGUGAGUCACCGAUCAAUGAUAUUAAACCAAUAUUAGGAACUAGAAAUGCCAAUAAUUUACAAUUACAAUUAGUAAAAAACGAAUGA